UCAAGGUCCUCAAUUUCCUCCAUGGAUAUAUACACAAAAGUCAUUUUCAGGCUUAUCCAUGUCAAGCUCAAAAGUUUCAUUUAUAGAAGAAGAAAAGUUCAGGGAUUUAAUAGCUGGUGUUGAUACAGAUCUCAAUUUAUCCAACAACUCAAUUAGUGGAGACAUAUCAAACGUGUUGCUAAGUUCUAACUUCAUACUAUUAAACAAUAAUAAUUUCACUGGAACACUCCCACAUUUAUCACCAGAGGUCGAAUAUGUGGAUUUAUCUCAUAACUCUUUCAUAGGAUCAAUUCCACAAGGUUGGAAGAACUUGAAAUAUUUGUAUUUUAUCAGCUUGUGGAAUAAUAAUUUAUUUGGUGAAGUUCUUGAGAAACUCUCAUGGUCAACAUAUUUGGAAGUUAUAAACCUAGAAAAAAAUGAUUUUUUUGGGACUAUACCAAACAACAUGUCAAGAUACUUAUCACUGGUGAUAUUAAGAUCUAAUAAAUUUGAGGGAAGUAUUCCACCUCAACUAUUCCUUCUCUCUCGUUUGAUUCACUUGGAUCUUGCUCAUAAUAAACUUUCAGGAUCAAUUCCUCAGAUUGCGUAUAACACUACACAAAUGAUAACAGAUAAUUAUUCUACAUUUAUCUUUGUUCAAGAUGACAACAUUGAUUUCUAUGCAAAAGGUCAAGUUUAUGAGUAUAAAAUUGACUCUAGAAGGCGAACUAUUGACCUCUCAGCUAACAAGAUAUCUGGAGAGAUUCCUUCGGAAUUAUUUAGGCUGAUUCAAGUUCAAACAUUGAAUUUAUCUUAUAAUCAUUUGACUGGAACAAUGCCUGAGACAAUUGGAGGAAUGAAAAAUCUGGAAUCUCUUGAUCUUUCUAAUAAUAAGCUUUUUGGUGAAAUUCCAGAAAACAUGGCUACAUUUUUCAGUGUAUCAAGCUAUAAUGGGAAUCCAAAACUUUGUGGUGCUCCUCUUACAAAGUGUAGUAUGGAAAAAAAUCCUGUGAAUAUAAUUCAACAUGGAAUCAACGAAGAGGGUGAAUUUGAUGAAGAAUCACUCUAUCUUGUGAUGGGAAUUGGGUUUGUAGUUGGAUUUUGUGGUCUUUUUGGUUCUUUGGUCAUUUUUAGGAAAUGGAGACACAAAUACGAUCUAUUGCUCAAUGGAGUGUAUGACAAACUUUAUGUUACUUACAUGCUCAAAUUCAAUAACUUGCGUAACAGAGAAGCACUAUAGUC